AUGAGAACUUACCAUUGCUUCUGGCUGCUGUUUUGGGCUGGUCAGCCCCACCAAAGUUUCUUAACUCCAUUAUCCAAAAGGACUAGUGUCUUUCCAGAAAAGGAAAAGGUUUUGGUAUUGUCUGGAAACAGCAGGCGAGACCUCCACCGUUCCAAAAGGAGCUGGAUGUGGAAUCAGUUCUUUUUAUUGGAGGAAUACACAGGAACUGACUACCAAUAUGUUGGCAAGCUGCAUUCAGACCAGGAUAAAGGAGAUGGAUCACUUAAGUACAUCCUUUCUGGAGAUGGAGCAGGAGACCUCUUCAUUAUCAAUGAAAACACUGGUGACAUCCAGGCCACAAAGAGACUAGACAGGGAAGAAAAGCCCGUAUACAUACUCCGUGCCCAGGCUAUAAACAGAAGGACUGGAAGACCAGUGGAACCAGAAUCUGAGUUCAUCAUUAAGAUCCAUGAUAUCAAUGACAAUGAGCCAAUGUUUACAAAGGACGUUUACAAUGCCAGCAUUCCCGAAAUGUCAGAUGUUGGUACCUUUGUUGUGCAAGUUACCGCAACUGAUGCCGAUGAUCCUACAUAUGGGAACAGUGCUAAAGUUGUCUACAGCAUUCUCCAGGGACAACCAUAUUUCUCUGUUGAAUCUGAGACAGGCAUUAUUAAAACUGCUUUGCUAAACAUGGACCGUGAAAACAGGGAGCAAUACCAAGUGGUCAUCCAGGCUAAGGACAUGGGAGGCCAGAUGGGCGGAUUAUCAGGAACCACCACUGUGAACAUCACAUUGACUGACGUAAACGACAAUCCACCUCGCUUCCCCCAGAGCACCUACCAAUUCAGAACUCCUGAGUCUACGCCACCUGACUCACCAGUUGGCAGGAUAAAAGCUAACGAUGCUGACGUGGAUGAAAAUGCAGAGAUUGAAUACAGCAUCACUGAGGGGGAUGGAUAUGACAUGUUUGGAAUUACCACAGACAAGGACACACAGGAAGGAAUUAUAACUGUCAAAAAGGCACUGGAUUUUGAAAACAAAAACCUGUAUAUUCUGAAAGUCGAAGCUACCAAUACUCAUGUGGACCCUCGAUUCCUCUACCUGGGGCCAUUCAAGGACUCAGCUACAGUUAGAAUUCAGGUGGAGGAUGUAGAUGAACCCCCCGUGUUCAGCAGACCAGCAUACAUAAUGGAAGUGAAAGAAGAUGUUCCAAUAAACAGUGUGAUAGGAACAGUAACUGCUCAGGAUCCAGAUGCUGCCAAGAACCCGGUCAAGUACUCUGUAGAUCGACACACUGAUAUGGACAGAGUAUUCAACAUCAAUUCAGGAAAUGGUUCGAUAUUUACUUCAAAACCCCUUGACCGGGAAACACUGCUGUGGCACAACAUUACAGUAAUAGCAGCAGAGAUCAGUAAGUCAAACCUAAAUACCACUGCUGUCCCUGAUGUAAUGAAUUUAUCAGUAGCUGGGCUAAAUAAAAUCUCUAUUCUGUCUGGUUUUAUCAUUUCAGACAACCCAAAACAAAGCAGCCGCGUCCCAGUGUUCAUUAAGGUUUUGGAUGUAAAUGACAAUGCUCCAGAGUUUGCCAUGUUUUAUGAGACCUUCGUCUGUGAAAAUGCAAAGGCAGAACAGCUGAUACAAACAUUAAGUGCUGUUGAUAAAGAUGACUCUUACAGUGGACAUCAGUUUUCAUUCUCCUUAGCUCCCGAGGCAGCCAGCAGCUCAAACUUUACACUACAGGACAACAGAGACAACACAGCAGGGAUUUUCACCCGAAAAACCAGAUAUAACCGGCAUGAAAUGAGUACCUACUUCUUGCCGGUGGUAAUAUCAGACAAUGACUACCCUAUCCAGAGCAGCACUGAAACGGUGACUAUUCGAGUAUGUGCUUGUGACCAUCGAGGAAAGAUGCUGUCCUGUAAUGCCGAAGCCUUGAUUCAUCCUACUGGUCUUAGCACUGGGGCUCUUAUUGCCAUCCUUCUCUGUAUCAUUAUAUUACUUGUUACGGUGGUGCUGUUUGCAGCGCUGAGACGGCAGCGGAAAAAAGAGCCUUUGAUUAUUUCCAAAGAAGACAUCAGAGACAACAUUGUCAGUUACAACGAUGAAGGCGGCGGAGAAGAAGACACCCAGGCAUUUGAUAUCGGCACGCUGAGGAAUCCCGAAGCCAUAGAUGAUAAUAAAUUACGCAGAGACAUUGUGCCAGAAACACUUUUUAUGCCACGGCGGACUGCAGCGGCGCGAGAUAACACGGAUGUCAGAGAUUUCAUUAACCAAAGGUUAAAGGAAAAUGAUACAGACCCGACGGCACCCCCGUAUGACUCGUUAGCAACCUACGCGUACGAAGGUAACGGUUCUGUGGCCGAGUCCCUCAGCUCCUUGGAGUCGGUGACUACGGACGGAGAUCAGGACUACGAUUAUCUCAGUGACUGGGGGCCUCGGUUUAAAAAGCUCGCAGAUAUGUAUGGCACGAUGGACAGUGACAGAGACUCUUAA